GUUGACCAGAGCCAUCCCAUUGUCCCAUUCCACCUAUGGAAGGUGAAAAAUUCAGGAAUGAUCUCAUUCAUCAUGUCAAAACUCUGCAACACUGUCAAUAAAACUACCUUAUUAUAGAUCAACUUUGUGACCCGGAUGGACAGGUUUUUGUCAUCUUGGAAGAGCGCAGAAGAUCCUGCUCGAGGUGAAUUUUCUUUCCGUAUUGAUCCUCAUGGCUAUCCGCAGCUACUCUUGAAGAGAGGGAAUACAACGUGGCAAAGAGGGGGGUCAUGGGAUGGCAUAAAAUUUACAUCAACUCCGAGGCCGAAAGCUAGUCCAGUUUUGACAAGUGAAUUUGUGUUCAAUAGCAAAGAGGUUUUUGAAUAUGGAAUUCAAAGUACAGUUUUUUCAAGGCUUACACUAAGUCCAUCGGGUCUUCCUCAGAGCUUCAAAUGGAAUGAACGAACUCAGGAUUGGGUGAUUAUUGAAAAUGGUCAGUUCGAUCAGUGUGAGAAUUAUGCAUUCUGUGGUCCCAACACUCGCUGUGAGAUGACUAGAAAUCCUAUAUGUGUAUGCUUGGAUGGAUUCACGCCCAAGUCUCCGGUAGAUUGGAAUUUUUCAGAUUGGUCAGGUGGCUGUAACCGGAGGACUCCACUGAAUUGUAGUGGUAAAGAUGGCUUUCUCAAGUAUACUGCCAAUAAGCUGCCAGACACAUCUUCUUCCUGGUUUGACAAGAGCAUUGGCCUCAGGGAAUGUGAGGGAUUGUGUCUGAAGAACUGCUCUUGCACUGCUUAUGCAAAUUUAGAUAUCAGGGGAGGUGGAAGCGGCUGCCUGAUUUGGUUUGGAGACCUGAUUGAUACGAGAAAGUCAACUGGGGAUGGACAAGACCUCUAUGUCAGGAUGGAUUCUUCAGAAUUAGAUCACCAGCAUGGACAAAAAUUGAAGAACCAUUUCUCUCUAGCAUCCUUGGUGAGGUUUGUGGUUGGGGUAAACAUUAUUAUUGUUGAGGGGUAGGUUGGUAGGUCUGUGCUAGGUCAUCUGACUGAGCUAAGUAAAGAAGACAUGGAGUUACCAAUAUUUGAUUUGAGUACCAUAGCACAUGCCACCGAUAACUUUUCAAGCAGGAACAAGUUGGGAGAAGGAGGUUUCGGACCUGUAUUUAAGAGCAUAUUGAAAGAAGGUCAAGAAAUAGCAGAAAGGCUUUCAAAAAGUUCUGGGCAAGGAUUAAAUGAGUUCAAAAACGAAGUUAUAUUAAUUGCUAAACUUCAGCAUCGCAAUCUCGUGAAGCUACUUGGUUGUUGCAUUCAUAAAGAUGAAAAAAUGCUAAUCUAUGAAUGCAUGCCCAACAAGAGUUUGAACCUUUUUAUUUUUGACAAAACAAGAAGAAAAGCACUUGAUUGGGGUAAGCGCAUGAACAUUAUUGGUGGAAUUGCUCGAGGGCUGCUUUAUCUCCAUCAAGACUCUAGACUGAGAGUAAUCUAUAGAGAUAUCAAAGCCAGCAACAUUUUACUAGAUAAUGAGCUAACUCCUAAAAUUUCAGACUUUGGCCUUGCAAGAAUGUUUCGUGGAGAUCAAACAGAGGCGAAUACUCAUAGGAUAGUUGGAACAUAGUAAGUAUCCUUACCCUUGCCCGCCUUAUUGACUUCAUUUGUGUUUUGAGAACCUAUCUUGUCAAUAACAGUUUUCAUUGGCUAUAUGUCUCCUGAGUAUGCAUCCAACGGCUACUUCUCGGUGAAAACGGACGUCUUUAGCUUCGGCGUCCUCGUCCUGGAGAUAGUGAGUGGACAGAAAAAUAGGGGAUUUCAUCACCCAGAUCGAAACCUUAACCUCCUUGGGCAUGCAUGGAUACUUUGGAUAAAAGGAACACCAUCGGAACUGAUUGAUGAAUGUUAAGCUUUCUCGAGCAAUGCAUCUGAAGUGUUAAGAUGCAUUCAUGUGGCUUUAUUAUGUGUUCAGCAACGACCAGAAGAUAGGCCAAACAUCUCAACAGUGGUUCAAAUAUUAUACAAUGAAAAUCCAUUGCCUCAGCCUAAACAACCUGGUUUUUUCAUGGGAACGAAUCCACUUGAACAAGACAGUUCAUCAAAUCAGAUGGAAGUUUACUCUUCAAAUGAAGUUAGUUUGACAAUGUUAGAGGCACGGUAGAUUUUCAUUUGUGACAAUUGAAGAAAAAGUAUGGUCAUCAGACAAGUGCAAUCUAGCCACAAGACUGACCUCUGUUUUUGCUGUUCACUAUUUCAGAACAGAGUGCUACACAAGUUAAAACUAGUUAAUGUAUCUAUAUUGGAGCAGAAUCUCUCUGUGCUACCAUUAUUACUAUCGAUUCAUGAGAUUUUGUUGAUAAAAACCCAAAAAGCAGUUGCUUGCCCCUCCACAAAGAGAACUCUAUGCCUCAUUACUGUUUCAUCUAGAACUUCUUCCCCUCUCACAGUUUUGGGUAAUGAGGUUAA